CAGUUGGUAGCUUUUCACUAUUCUUCGUUCAAUUUUGUUGGUCGCAUUUUUCAAAAUUCUUUCAACGCUCUAUUUCUCGUGCAUUGUAGUUUGUGCUUGGAUAUAUGUAUUUGCUAUAUGGUUUGUCUUGCUUUUAUAUGGGCUCAUAAAUAACAGCAAUUAAUGUAAAACGUUAAGAAAGGCUGCUGUAAAUUAUAAACCAUCGGAAAACUUAAAAGUUGCCGAUAAAUAGGCUGGAGCCUGCGGUCAACACAAUUUGGAUGUUGGUAUACUUUUUCAUCUCUACUCAAUACAAAUGUCUGGAUUGGAAAAAUUUCAAGCAAAUAAAGCUUGGCGUGCUAAAGUCAAGAAAUUGCUUGUUAUGCAACGCAAUUUAACUCCUCCCAUUCACGUCCCAGUGCAGAGCACAAGAUUUAGUUUGGAUCUAGCAGAAGAUUUGCAGGUGUUUCUUGAAGAAAAAAUCAUUCCCCGAGAAGGAAGUAGUCACUGUCACUCAAAAUAUAUUCCAGAAAAUAUGUUCGAAACAGAAAACGACGAAAAUAAACCUAUCAAUUCCAACUCAGCUUCCCGUUGUAAUAGUGGUAUGAAGAAUUUUUCCACUAGGGUACAUUGUGAUGAAACCAUGCUUGGUGGCCCACAACAGGUGGAACAAUUCCAAUGUUCAUCAGACGAGAGUUUUAUGGCUUUGGAAAAAAUGUGCGAUAAAACGGUCUCAGAUCCGGACAGUACGUUGUAUCAGUACACGCACAGCGAUGACAAGGAACUUAUUGUAGAAAAUGCUAAAAAGCGCAGUUCAGUUGGAACCAAUUUUAAAACUCCAAGCAGGAGAGAGCUUACAGAAAUAGAUGAAGAAGCAAAAUCUUUACAGCGAUUGCUGCUUGACUUAUGCGUAGAUGAGCAAAAACUACUGGAAAAUGAAACUCCGUUAAAGUGCGUUGAUGUCACUCAAUUAGAAGAUAUUGAAGCUCCCUCAAAGUUGUGGGAUACAACAAUUGUGGGAGAGUCUAUUUUACAAACAUCUCCAGUAAAGAUGGUGGGUCUUCUACGACCUUCCACCAUAAUGGAGGAAUGUGGUGAAGACGAUUCCAACAACUCCUCAAGUGCAUAUGGGGAUGUUUCAUCACAUGUAAGUUUUCAAAGUGCAGUUAAAGGGAGUGAAACUUCUGCAACCAGUUAUUACGAAACAGGCCACGACAGCACUGGAACAAGUGCAGCGAGCAAAGUUUCGCAUAUUCCAGACGAUAAUGCGAUGAAAUAUGCUGAGCCAUUUGAUACAAGUUUUGAGUUAAUUAGUCUCGACAAAACGCUUGAGGCACCACAGCAACAUCUGGCAACUGCAAAGGAGCACAGCAACUUUAGUAAAUCCAAUCUAGAGAGAGAAUCUCCAACAUUAUCUUUGGACAGUUCUGAAGAAGUUAUUGAAUUACUGUCAGAUGAAGAAUUAGACGAAGAGGAAAUAAAAAUACAACAAAAUUCAAUUGAGAAUAAAUGUGGCCUUAAUAACAUGAAUAAAGAAUUAAUUGAUUUAGAAAUCUCAUUUGAAAAUGACAACAAAGAGAAUUGUGGCAUCUUCAAUGAGAGUGGUGAGCAGUCAUUACAUUUCAAUGACACAAUGGAAGAGGUGGAAUACAUGAUGAAGAAAGGCAUGCAGUAUAUGGCAGCGGCAGAGCCAUCAAAAUCCGUUUCAUAUUCGCAAUCCCCUAUACUAAAAGAAAUUCCGAUUGUCCAACCCACAAUGAUAAUAAAGCCUUUGCAGGAAAAGGAAAGGACAUUUACAUUCUCUCCAAAGAAGCAAAAUAGUAACUGGUCAUCACCUAAAAAGGUAAAUCAUAGCAAGCCAACGGCGAUUGUUACGGGAACAAAAGCCAAAACACCUGUUUCAACCCCAAAGCGUACACUGCAAACAAGCGCACAAAAGAAUAAGCGCUUUGUAAUGGAUAUGAAACCAAUGCCUAAAUUAGAGUUAUUUAAAAAACCUGUUUCAGCGAUUCCGUCACGUCUGAAGGAGCCUACGGGUCGUAAACAAUUUUCGCAUAUUAUUAGCCCUGUCGGUGCUUACAUGAAAAAAACGGCCACCACUCCACUAAUGACUAAUUUAAGGCAGCGUUCGGAACAUCCAGAUGUACACAAUGCUACUGUCUUUCGUGAGCUCGAGCAAGAAACGAAAGUUUUCCAACCAAAAUUCGGCUCCGUGGUGAAUAAGGGCCCUAAGACUUCUAGUUUACCGAAAAAGGCAUACAUUUCAUCAGAAUUUAAACACAUCGUUGAUGAGCGCUCGCCUGUUACAAUACCUGGUGGCAAGAAAAUUCAAAAAUACCUUGAAAAUGCUAUGCUACCAGCUGUGGUACGGCACGAAGGUAAAUUGAAAAUGUCUGCCAAAGAAGCAAACCGCAAGGCAGCAGCACAAAAAGCGAGCUUUGGUAACACGUCGCAGGGUAAUAAUGGCAGUUUGGCGAAUUUGUCGUUGAUGUCGGGUGACAUAUCUUUAUACACAAUGAAGGACGCACAAAAAUUUUAGACAGGCGCUUCAUUAUAAAAAUGCAAACUUUUUUUUUUUUAUGUUACCCAAUUCGUCUUAAUUAGAUUUACUUAUCGUAAUUACUUUAUUGAAAACACUUUCAAAACUUCUUAUUAACUUUACACUAAAAAUAAAAACACGCAUAUUCAUAUCAAUAAAACUAGUUUUAU